CAAAUCAUCCACCUUUUAGAUUAAAGGAAGCGAAAACAAGAAAAUUAGAUAGAAAUAAUUAAGGGAAACACAAUUUUUACGUGUGAUUAACAAAAAUGAGAUUCACAAAGCAUAAUUUGUUUUUAUUCUUUCUUGUGGUUGUUCUAGUUGUUAGCAUUGAGGCACACAUUGGGGAGUAUGAUGAGAUAUGGCGGAAGCGAGCCCAACAAGCAAAGAAAGCCGCUCGCCAUGCCUAUCAUCCUAAUCCUAAGAUUGUAGCUAACCAUCUUAACAACCAGGUUGACAAGGCUAUACGAGGUAGCAAUAGCAGAAGAAGGGACCUGCACAGGUACAGCGGUAAAUGCAUGGCUACUAAUCCUAUAGACCAAUGCUGGAGGUGUGACCCAAACUGGGCUCGAAACCGAAUGAAACUAACCGAUUGUGUCCUUGGCUUUGGCCGCAAGACAACGGGUGGCAAAGGCGGAAAAAUCUACGUAGUAAAGGACAAUUCGGACAAAGACUUAGUUAAUCCUAAGCCGGGCACAUUGCGCCACGCUGUCAUCCAGCCGGAGCCACUUUGGAUUAUAUUUGCCAAGAACAUGGUGAUUAGGCUUAGCGAGGAACUUAUUAUGACCAGCAACAAGACGAUUGACGCCCGAGGAAGGCAAGUUCAUAUUGCUCAUGGUGGUGGACUUAUGUUACAGUUCAUACACAAUGUGAUUAUUAGUAACCUUCACAUUCAUGAUGUUAAGGCUGGUAGUGGUGGCUUAAUUAGAGACUCCGUCAAGCAUUAUGGUUAUCGAUCGAAAAGUGAUGGCGAUGGUAUUUCAAUCUUUGGAUCCACAAAUGUUUGGGUCGACCACGUUUCCAUGUCCAAUUGUCAGGAUGGUCUCAUUGAUGCUGUUGAGGCUUCUACUGCCAUUACCAUUUCCAAUUGCCAUUUCACUAAACAUAAUGAAGUAAAUUAUCUCCAAAUUCCAAGUCUUAAAUUCCCACUUGAGACAAAAAGUUUAAUUUUUGUGCUUAAACUUUUGCAGGUUAUGUUGUUUGGUGCAAGUGAUAGCUCUUCAGGGGACUCUAUUAUGCAAAUAACACUUGCUUUCAAUCAUUUUGGGCAAGGGUUGAGGCAGAGGAUGCCCAGAGUGAGAUGGGGAUUUGUUCAUGCUGUCAACAACGAUUACACACAUUGGCUAAUGUAUGCCAUCGGAGGAAGCAUGCAUCCCACCAUCCUUAGCCAGGGAAAUCGUUUCAUCGCUCCUCCUAAUGCUAACGCCAAAGAGGUGACGAAAAGGGAUUAUGCACCCGAAAGCGUGUGGAAGAAUUGGGUGUGGAAAUCACAAGGAGAUCUUAUGAUGAACGGGGCGUUCUUUGUAGAAUCCGGAAAUCCAAAACAUGCAUUCUUGAAAGGUCCUGAUAUGAUCAACUCCAAGCCAGGAUCAUUCGUGAGCAGCCUGACACGAUUUUCAGGCUCUCUCAACUGCAUUGAGGGGAAGCCUUGUUAAAGCAUUUUCAGUCUCAGCAAUAAAUAAGGCAUUUUCAAUACAAAUAGUACCUAUAAAGUGUAUAGAGUUAUUGAUCUGCUCCGUCUCCUCUUAUUUACCUAGUUGGUAGUUGGACUGGGGAGAAUGAGUGUGAGUAUUGUACAUUGGCUUUUGUAAGUUCUUCAGCAAAUUUUGUUUUUUUCACGUAUGUAGUAGUGAAAAAAUCAAAUAAAUAUGAAAUUCCUAGUUGCAUUGAUGAUUGCAUCAGAUAAAACAGUCAGAC